UCCUUUCCUCACCUUUUAUAAUUGGUUUGCAUUCCACAGCCCACAAACCACCAUUUAUUCGAAGCUUCAGUCAACUACAAUUGCCUCCAAAACUCUGCUUCAUCCCAUUUUCCAAUUCACUUCAUUUUUCUUCUGUUCAAUCCAACCGUCUAUUGAUUUGGAAAAAAAAAAAAAAACCAUUUGGAAUUCGUACAUUCUCAAGUUCUUUUCGAAUUCCAAAAAAAAAAAAAAAGCAAUCUUGAUUUCACUUACAGACUUGGAAAUGCAAUUCAAGACGAUCAAGAAGAAAAUGUGGAUGUUCUCUUUUUGAUUCCUCGCAUAUAACAAUCUAUUUGCAUAAAUCGUUAUGGAAGGUAUGAAAAAAACCAAAGUCAUCAGUAUUGCUUCAAUAGUUAAGAUUUUCAGCAACAGAGUCUGUGUAAAACGAAGUUUCACUCUCCAUAAGCUAUCAUUUUGGUUUGCUCCGACGAACCGACCUCCGGGACUACUAUCUUCAACCUUCGGUUCGUAAAUAAUUUUCGAGUUGUAUGUAAUUCCUUUUUUUGUUUUUUUGGGUUUUUGGGUUUGCAAUCUAUGGCCUACUCAUAUGAUGCAUCUACUUCAAUCGAUCCGUUUUUACAUAGUUUAGAUAACUUUAAUCGUGGAUUUGUGCGUGGUGGGUCAAUAUUAUCUCAGUCUUUAGUGUUGAAUGGUGAGAGAGGAGAGCUUGUAAAAGCCCCAAUUCAGGCGUCGAAGAAAAGGGUUUCGGAGGAAAAAGCACUUGCGGCGUUGAAGAAUCACAGCGAGGCGGAGAGGCGGAGGAGAGAAAGAAUCAAUUCCCAUCUCUCCACUCUGCGUGGCCUUGUUCCUUGCCCUGUUAAGAGGGACAAAGCAACGCUUCUUGCUGAAGUUGUUAGACAAGUGAAAGAAUUGAAGAAGAAAGCUGCAGAAGCCAGCAAUGGCGUUUUCGUUCCAAUGGAUACCGACGAAGUCAAUGUAGAACCUUGUGGAGUGGGAGCAAAUGGGGAUAUGUCUUUCAAGGCAACUCUUUGUUGCGAAUAUCGACCUGAGCUUCUGUCUGAUCUUAAACAAACCCUUGAUUCCCUUCACUUGAAGUUGGUGAAGGCAGAAAUAUCAACGUUGGGAAACAGGAUGAAGAACAUUUUCAUUUUCACCAGUAGCAUUGCAGAGAAUGGUGACCAUCCCGAGGCUUCCCGUCGCCUCGCAUCAUCGGUUCAUCAGGCAAUAAGUUUUGUUCUUGAGAAAGCUUCAUCCCCAGAAUACUCCCCCAGAACAACGCUCCCAACGAAAAGACGACGGCUGUCUAGUCUAGAUACGUCAAGCUCUUCCUCAGGAUCAUAAAUUGUGUUACGUUAACAUACUGCCCACUCUCAUCUCUUUAUCAUGUAAUUUGCUGAGAUGUUGAAAUAAGCAGUUGCACAAAAGGGGUUGUUGUGAUUAUCAUUUCUAGUUUGUAUGUUUGGUUCAAUUAGCUCCAAAAGUUGAAAUGCUUCUGAACUAUGAUCUGGCAUAUUGUAUCCCUUAUUUUAAUGUAUGACCCAUUUUCUUUGGCACUAA